UGCUCAGGCCACCUCGGCCCUUCUAGCAGGCGCCUCGCCUGUGGCUUGCGGUCAGUGUGAGCUGCAGGGCGUGGACCGACAGGUCUGGCUGUGCCUGACUAGGGUUGGGAGCGGGAGGAAUCUCGCACAACGUGGCCCAGAGUGGCUAGGAGAAAGGGACCUGCGUGUCUGCAGGAGUCCCCAACCUUUCCUGGCGGCGCACGCACUGCCCUGGAGGAUAUCAGGCCCGCGUCCCAGACUGUCGCUGUACAGGGGGUCCGCCUACCACCAGUGAUGCCUAGAUCCUGAUACAUUUGCAUCACCUUCUAUAAACAAGAUGGCAAAAGAGAGAUUGGCUCCAUCUCCAAGCCCAUGAGGAGUAAGGCUCCUUCUGGCCCAAGGAUGGGGAACAUCACUACAGAAAACUCCUCACUAUCUUGCCCCAUUGACCACACCAUCCAUCAGACACUAGCCCCAGUGGUCUAUGUGACUGUGUUGGUGGUGGGCUUCCCAGCCAACUGCCUGUCCCUCUACUUCGGGUACUUGCAGAUCAAGGCCCGGAAUGAGCUGGGAGUGUACCUGUGUAACCUGACCAUUGCAGACCUGUUCUACAUCUGCUCACUUCCCUUCUGGCUACAGUACGUGCUUCAGCACGACGACUGGUCCCAUGGUGACCUAUCCUGCCAGGUGUGUGGCAUCCUCCUCUAUGAGAACAUUUACAUCAGCGUGGGCUUCCUCUGCUGCAUCUCCAUUGACCGCUACCUGGCUGUGGCCCACCCCUUCCGCUUCCACCAGUUCCGCACCCUGAAGGCAGCCAUGGGCGUCAGUGUGCUCAUCUGGGCCAAGGAGCUGCUGACCAGCAUCUACUUCCUCAAUAACAAGGAGGUCACUGAGGACGAGGACCAGCACCGAGUCUGCUUUGAGCAUUACCCUAUCGAGGCCUGGCAGCGUAGCAUCAACUACUACCGCUUCCUGGUGGGCUUUCUUUUCCCCAUCUGCCUGCUGCUGGCCUCCUACCAGGGCAUCCUGCGGGCUGUGCGCCGUAGCCACGGCACACAGAAGAGCCGCAAGGACCAGAUUCAGCGGCUGGUGCUCAGCACCGUGGUCAUCUUCCUGGCUUGCUUCCUGCCCUACCACGUGCUGCUGCUGGUACGCAGCCUCUGGGAGAGAAACUGUGAGUUUGCCAAGAGCAUCUUCAAUAUCUAUCACUUCUCCCUCCUCCUCACCAGCUUCAACUGUGUAGCUGACCCGGUGCUGUACUGCUUUGUCAGUGAGACCACUCACAGGGACCUAGCCCGCCUCCGAGGAGCCUGCCUAGCCGUCCUUACCUGCUCUAGGACAAGCAGGGCCAGGGAGGCCUACCCUCUGGGUGCCCCUGAGGCCUCUGGGAAAAGUGGGGCCCAGGGCGAGGAACCUGAAUUGUUAACCAAGCUCCACUCAGCCUUCCAAACCCCUAGCUCACUGGGAGUGGGAGGGCCCCCCACAGUCGGGUUGGCCUAGCUUGAGUCACAUGUAUGAGGCUAAGUUAGGUCCUAAGCUUUCACCAACAGGCCUUGUGGUCUGGAGCUAGCAUGGUGGCUGUCUCCCACUUUACCAUGUAUAGGUGCCUCUCUCCUCAGGAAGGAACCAUGCAUGGUCUUGGGCCACAGCCAGAUCCCUCUGGCCCCUGGAAGCCUGCUCUGUGUCCUGAGCCUGGGCACUGCUGAGUGUGUGAAUGAGCCCUGUCUCCCCCCAUGUUCUUGGUGGCCACCUGGGCUGCAGAUGGGAGGGAGUCAGAAUUGUCACUUUCAGGAGAUUUGCAAAGAGCAGCAGGCCUGGGGUGUGGAGAGGAGGGUAGGACCCUGCGUGGUCACCUGCCAAGCCUUCCAGUGCCCCUGUUGUCAUAGAUGAUACCAGCCCAAGUGUGCUGUGGACUUGUGUGACACAGGAAGCUGUAUAGACACCGUCAGUACUUGAGCUUGCCGCUAAACUAGUCUAGACCAGAGGACUGGUUAAGGUGAAGAACGGGGGCAGGAUUGGGGCACCAAUAUUGGUGGCUAGGGAUAACAGCAGAGAGGCAGUCAGGGAAGAAGUCCCAGCACCAGACACAUCUCACUUUACAGGACUCGUGGAACAGGGCCCCAACCCCAAGGGUUGAUGGCAAAUAAACCCCCGGGAUCCCUGGAGAGAUGCCAGGGGUCCUUCAAAACAUUGUACUAAAGCUUAAUAAGAAGACUUAGGCCUAAAGCGGUGUCCUUAGCCAAGUUCCUGGCACAGGCUUUUUCUAAUUAGCUUUUUGUGUCUGUCUGGCCUAAGUGUCAGACCUGAGAGUCUAAGGGAGAAGAGAGAGGGAGAAUAUAAAAAUGGCAGGGUGUCCAUGGCAACUGUAUGCCAAGACACUGGUAACCAGGAUCAUGUGUCUGCUGUCAGUAAUUCCUAGCCUUCCUCCCACACACCACAGAGCAUCCAGCAGCCUUUGAGAGGAGUGUGACAGUUUCCCAGCGUUCCUAGGUACAAUAAACUAACAACAACAACACACACACACACACAGUCAUGUCUCAUGACCGCAGGUUUGGCUCAAGCUCCAUUUUGGUAUAGGAGAGUUGGCAGAGAUGGCUGCAUGCCAGAAAGACCUACACCUUCCCCAGCCUCAGUCUGGACCAGGCAAUGGUUGAUAGCUAAAUGUUCUGUGCCUCUUCAUCCCACAAUAUUUCCCCGUUUGACCUGAAAUCCUGGAUUCCCACUGGCUUGGACUGGAACAAGCUAAGCCCAGCUCCCCUUACUAAGGACUGCUGUGUUUUUGUAUUGUCUUCUGUCUUAUGCCAAGUAUCUCUGUGUUGGACUGUGAGGUGGGUUUAUGUAGUGACUUCAGUCUGCAAAUAAAACAAA